GCUGGGGUUCCCUCGGUUGCGCUUGCGUGUGCAUUGUGGGCAAGAUGGUGGUGGGGAUGUUAGUUAGAACUGAGUGAGUGAGGGGGUGUGUUGGGCUCGUGGGUGUCCUGUACGGGUUGAGCCCGCGUAGAAGUUGGUGAGGCGGUCGAAGCUGUCUGGAGCCUGCUAUGGAGGGAUGAGGAGCUGGGGAGACGGGUCAGGGUCCAAGCCCUCGCUGAUGAGGAAGAGGUAGCUGCUGGGCCCCUGCUCCUUAUGCGCGCUCGGGCCCCUCGACUGCUACUUCACGCCGCCCUGAGGGACGCCGCCUUUGGCUUUGUGGGUCCGUAGCGGUGGGAGGAAUCGGAGGAAUUGUGGCGGCGGCGCUGCUGCAGCUACUCUGUGGGGAGAGUGCGGCAGGCAGAAACUUUCAUUUCAUAUGUUGGUUCUACCAUCUACUAAUGAACAAGAGAAGACUUGUGUGUACCAGUCGAGAAGCAUAUCUUUGAAAGUUUUGCUUCAGGAGGUUAUGUCUGAAUUGAUAUCACUACUAGAAAUAAUGCUUUGGACUGAGGGUAGCCCAGGAUGGCUGUAGCUUCAUAUGACCAGUUGUUAAAGCAAGUUGAGGCAUUAAAGAUGGAGAACUCCAACCUCCGACAGGAGCUAGAGGACAACUCAGAUCACCUGACAAAGCUGGAAACUGAGGCAUCUAAUAUGAAGGAGGUGCUAAAACAGCUGCAAGGAAGUAUCGAAGAUGAGACAAUGGCAUCUUCUGGACAAAUUGACUUAAUUGAACGACUUAAAGAACUGAACUUGGAAAGUAGUGACUUCCCUGGAGUGAAGUUAAGGCCAACGGUGUCCAUGCAUUUAUAUGGGAGCUGGGAAGGGUCUGUGUCAAGCCCUUCAGGAGAGUGCAGUCCUGUUCCCACAGGAUCAUUUCCAAGAAGAGGAUUUAUGAAUGAAAGCAGAGAAAGCACUGGCUAUUUAGAAGAACUAGAAAGAGAGAGAUCUCUGUUGCUUGGGGAGCUUGAGAAGGAAGAGAAAGAAAAGGACUGGUAUUAUGCUCAGCUUCAGGACCUUACUAAGAGGAUUGAUAGUAUUCCCUUUACUGAAAAAUUCUCCUUGCAAACUGAUAUGACCAGAAGGCAGUUAGAGUAUGAGGCAAGGCAAAUCAGAGCUGCAAUGGAAGAACAACUAGGUACUUGUCAGGACAUGGAGAAGCGAGCACAGGUAAGGGUGAUGAGGAUUCAACAAAUAGAGAAGGACGUUCUUUGUAUACGACAGCUCCUGCAAUCACAAGCAGCUGAAGCAGAGAGGGUGCCUCAAAGCAAGCAUGAUAUGGGCUCCCAUGAUACAGAGAGGCACAGUGAAGGUCAAGGAACAGCAGAAAUCAACAUAGCAACUACUGGUACUGGUCAGGGUUCUGCUGCUCAAAUGGACCAUGACACAGCCAGUGUUAUGAACUCUAGUAAUAACUAUUCUGUUCCUCGCAGACUGACAAAUCAUCUGGGUACCAAGGUGGAAAUGGUGUAUUCAUUAUUGUCGAUGCUUGGUACUCAUGGUAAAGAUGACAUGUCAGGAACAUUGCUAGCAAUGUCUAGCUCUCAAGACAGCUGCAUAUCUAUGCGCCAGUCUGGAUGUCUUCCUCUCCUCAUCCAGCUUUUACAUGGAAAUGAUAAAGACUCUGUGUUGUUAGGAAAUUCCCGUUGUAGUAAAGAGGCCCGUGCCAGAGCCAGAGCAGCACUGCAUAACAUCAUUCACUCCCAGCCUGAUGAUAAGCGAGGCAGACGGGAAAUCCGUGUGCUUCAUCUCUUAGAGCAAAUCCGUGCUUACUGUGAAACGUGUUGGAAAUGGCAGGAGGCACAUGAAGAAGGCAUGGACCGGGACAAGAACCCAAUGCGAGCUCCAGCUGAUCAUCAAAUCUGUCCUGCAGUGUGUAUUUUGAUGAAACUUUCAUUUGAUGAAGAACACAGGCAUGCCAUGAAUGAGCUUGGAUGUUUGCAGGCCAUUGCAGAACUGUUGCAAGUGGACUGUGAAAUGUAUGGACUUACAAAUGACCACUAUAGUGUUACAUUAAGGAGGUAUGCUGGAAUGGCUCUGACAAACUUGACUUUUGGAGAUGUGGCAAACAAGGCUACAUUAUGUUCUAUGAAGGACUGCAUGAGAGCUCUUGUAGCCCAAUUGAAGUCUGAAAGUGAAGACUUGCAGCAGGUCAUUGCAAGCGUUUUGAGGAACUUGUCCUGGCGAGCAGAUGUAAACAGUAAAAAGACUCUACGUGAAGUUGGAAGUGUAAAAGCAUUGAUGGAAUGUGCUUUAGAAGUUAAGAAGGAAUCCACCCUAAAAAGCGUUUUGAGUGCCUUAUGGAAUUUGUCAGCACACUGUACUGAGAACAAAGGUGAUAUAUGUGCUGUUGAUGGUGCUCUUGCAUUUCUAGUUGGUACACUGACAUACCGGAGCCAAGCAAACACUUUAGCUAUCAUAGAAAGUGGAGGAGGAAUAUUAAGAAAUGUUUCUAGCUUAAUUGCUACUAAUGAGGACCACAGGCAAAUCUUGCGAGAGAACAGCUGCUUACAAACCUUGUUACAGCAUUUGAAGUCACACAGUUUGACAAUAGUCAGUAAUGCAUGUGGGACCCUGUGGAAUCUUUCUGCACGAAAUGCAAAAGAUCAGGAGGCACUGUGGGACAUGGGAGCAGUGAGCAUGCUCAAAAAUCUCAUUCACUCAAAACACAAAAUGAUAGCAAUGGGCAGUGCUGCAGCUCUAAGAAACCUGAUGGCAAAUAGGCCAGCAAAAUAUAAGGAUGCCAACAUUAUGUCUCCAGGAUCAAGCUUACCAUCUCUUUAUGUUAGAAAACAAAAGGCACUGGAAGCAGAAUUAGAUGCUCAGCAUUUAUCAGAGACUUUUGAAAACAUAGAUAAUUUAAGCCCAAAAGCAUCUCACCAUAAUAAGCAGAGACAUAAGCAAAAUAUAUACAAUGAGUAUGUUUUGGAUUCCAGUCGACAUGAUGAUGGGAUUUGCAGAUCAGAGACUUUUAAUACUAGUCAUAUGACUGUGCUUUCACCAUAUUUAAAUGCUACAGUAUUGCCUGGCUCCUCUUCCUAUAGUAGAGGAAACAUAGAAAACUCUCGAUCUGAGAAAGACAGAAGCCUCAAUAGGGAUGUAGCAGUAGGUUUAAAUAGCUAUCAUCAAGCUACAGAGAAUACUGGGAACUCCUCUAAGAGAAUAGGAAUGCAGAUUACUGCUGCAGCUCAGAUUGCCAAAGUUAUGGAAGAAGUAACAAGCAUGCAUAUUCCACAAGAAGACAGAAGUUCUUGUUCCACUUCUGAAAUGCACUGUUUGACAGAAGACAGAAAUGUCCCAAGAAAAACAGCUGCUGCCCAUACUCACUCGAAUACAUACUUUCCUAAAUCUGAGAAUUCAAACGGGACGUGUCCUAUGCUUUAUACAACAAUGGAAUACAAGAGAGCUUCAAAUGAUAGUUUAAAUAGUGUCAGCAGCAGUGAUGGCUAUGGUAAAAGAGGUCAAAUGAAACCUUCCAUUGAAUCUUACUCGGAAGAUGAUGAAAGUAAAUUUCGUAGUUAUGGUCAAUACCCAGCUGACUUGGCACAUAAGAUACAUAGUGCAAAUCAUAUGGAUGACAAUGAUGAAGAGCUAGACACUCCUAUUAAUUAUAGUCUUAAAUAUUCAGAUGAACAGUUGAGUUCUGGAAGGCAAAGUCCCUCUCAGAAUGAAAGAUGGGCAAGGCCUAAACAUAUAAUAGAAGAUGAAAUAAAGCAAAAUGAACAAAGGCAGUUAAGGAGCAAAGAUGCAACUUAUUCCGUGUACACUGAAAGCGGAGAUGAUAAGUGCAUGAAAUACCAGUCACCUUUUGGACAGCAAGAAUGUGUUUCUUCUUUUAGAUCAAGAGGAUCCAAUGGUGCAGAGCAGAGCAGAGUAGGCUCAAUGCUUGGAAUGAAUCAAAAAGUAAACCAGUCCUUGUGCCAGGCUGAUGAUUAUGACAAUGAUAAGCCAACCAACUAUAGUGAAUGCUACUCUAAGGAGGAACACCACAAAGGGGAAGAAGACAGACCAACUAAUUAUAGCAUAAAGUACAAUAAAGAGGAACAUCUUGUUGAUCAGCCUAUUGAUUAUAGUCUAAAAUAUUCAACAGAAGUUCCUCUCUCUUCUCAGAAGCCAUCUUUUACUAUUUCAAACAGUUCAUCAGUGCAAAGCACUAAAACUGACGAUAUUUCCUUAAGCUGUGAGAACAUAUCAACCCCUUCAGGUAGUUCAGAGAGACAGAAUCAGCUUCACCCAAAUUCUGCACAGAGUAGAAGUAGUCAUGCUCAAAAGACUGCCUCCUGUAAGACUUCCUCUAUUAAUCAGGAAACUAUACAAACUUAUUGUGUGGAAGAUACACCAAUAUGUUUUUCAAGGUGUAGCUCUUUGUCAUCUUUGUCAUCAGCUGAAGAUGAAAUAGGAUGUGAUCAACCCACACAUGUGACAGAUGCUAAUAACACAUUACAGAUAGCAGAACUAAAGGAAAACAGUGGGAUUCUGUCUACAGAAGGUGCAGUAAGUGAAGUUGCAUCAGCUUCUCAGCACAUCAGAACAAAAUCUAGUAGACUUCAGACUCCUAGUUUAUCUCCUUCUGACUCUUCUAGACAUAAAGCUGUUGAAUUUUCUUCUGGUGCCAAAUCUCCCUCAAAGAGUGGUGCACACACUCCUAAAAGUCCACCAGAACAUUAUGUGCAGGAAACCCCACUCAUGUUUAGCAGAUGUACUUCUGUAAGUUCCCUGGAUAGUUUUGAAAGCCAUUCAAUUGCUAGUUCAGUUCAAAGUGAGCCUUGCAGUGGAAUGGUAAGUGGAAUUAUAAGUCCCAGUGAUCUUCCAGACAGCCCUGGACAAACAAUGCCUCCAAGCAGAAGUAAAACUCCACCCCCUGCUCAAGGAGCUCAAGUAAAGAAGGAAGUAACUAAAGGCAAAGUACCUAAUGCAGAAAAGAGAGAGUCUGGUCCUAGACAGGUAGCUAUAAAUGAAGCUGUUCAAAGAGUUCAGGUACUGCCAGAUACUGAUACGUUAUUACAUUUUGCCACAGAAAGUACACCGGAUGGAUUUUCUUGCUCUUCUAGCCUAAGUGGUCUGAGUCUUGAUGAACCAUUUAUACAGAAAGAUGUAGAGUUAAGAAUAAUGCCUCCUGUACAUGAAAAUGAACAUGGAAAUGAAGCAGAACCUGAACAGCCAGAUGUUACAAAGGAUAACCAAGAGAAGAAAGCGGAGAAGCCUACUGAAGCAGAAAAAGACAUUAUGGAUGAUUCUGAUGAUGAUAUUGUUAUAUUGGAAGAAUAUAUUAUUUCUGCAAUGCCAACAAAAUCUUCACAUAAAGCCAAAAAGCCUUCUCAAGCAUCUGCUUCAAAAAUACCUCCUCCUGUAACCAGAAAGCCAAGCCAACUGCUAGUUUACAAACUUUUGCCUUCACAAACUGGAUUGCAGUCCCAAAAGCGUGUGAGUUUUACACCUGGAUAUGAUAUGCCAUGGGUAUACUUUGUUGAGGAUACACCAAUAAAUUUUUCAACAGCUACAUCUUUGAGUGACCUCACAAUAGAGUCACUACCGAAUGAGUUGGCCAAUGUAGAGAACGUGGGUACAGGGGCAGAGUCAGAGGAGUUUGAAAAGAGAGACACCAUUCCUACAGAAGGUAUAAGUACAGAUAACUCUCAGAGAGCAAAAAGCUCAACUAAGACUGCCCCAGGACUGGAUGAUGACAAAACAGAAGAGGGUGAUAUUCUGGCCGAAUGUAUUAAUUCGGCUAUGCCAAAAGGAAAAAGUCACAAAUCUUUCAGAGUGAAGAAGGUAAUAGAUCAAAUCCAACAAGCAUCUUUAUCUGUAAGUAACACAAAUCAGUCAGAACAUGAUAAAAAGGAGCCAAUGUCACCAGUAAAGCCCAUUCCCCAAAAUAAUGAAUAUAGAGCACAUGUAAGAAAAAACACAGAGCCUAAAAGCUAUAUUAAUAAUGAAAGAAGCUAUUCAGAGAACACAGACACAAAGAAACAGAAUCUUAAAAAUAAUUCAAGAUAUUUUAAUGACAAACUUCCAAAUAAUGAAGAGCAUGUAAAAGGAAACUUUGCAUUUGAUUCCCCUCAUCAUUACACACCUAUUGAGGGAACUCCUUAUUGUUUUUCACGGAAUGAUUCUCUAAGUUCUUUAGAUUUUGAUGAUUAUGAUGAUGUUGACCUUUCAAGGGAGAAUGCAGAAUUGCAAAAAAGAAAAGCAAAGGAAACAGAAACUGAAGACUACACUAAUACAGAACAAUCUUCAAAUCAGCAACCAAGUAAUAGGACACAAGUUUGUCAAAAAUACCUGACAGGCAGAAGCCAGCCUGAAACUUUCUCUCAGUCAACUAAAGAUAUUCCAGAUAGAGGAGCAGCUGUAGAUGAGAAAAUGCAGGAUUUUGCUAUUGAAAACACACCUGUAAAUUUUUCUCGCAAUUCAUCUCUUCGUUCCCUCAGUGAUAUUGAUCAAGAAAACAACAACAAAGAAAGUGAACGUGCAAAACAAACUGAGGGUCCUGAUUCACAGAUAGAAUCAAAUAGACCACAGACUUCUAGUUAUGCACCUAAAUCAUUUAUUGUUGAAGAUACUCCUGUAUGUUUCUCUAGAAACAGCUCUCUCAGUUCUCUUAGUAUUGACUCAGAAGAUGAUCUGUUGCAGGAAUGCAUUAGUUCAGCUAUGCCUAAAAAGAAAAAACCCUCAAAAGUAAAGAGUGAAAGUGAAAAAAAUAAUUCCAGAAAUAUGGGUGAUGUAUUGGCAGAAGAUUUAUCACUGGAUUUGAGAGAGAGAGGGAGGACAGAUUCAGAACAUGGUUUCUCACCUGAUUCAGAGAACUUUGAUUGGAAAGCUAUACAAGAAGGUGCGAAUUCUAUAGUUAGUAGCUUGCAUCAAGCUGCAGCUGCUAUAUCACUGACUAGACAAGCUUCAUCAGACUCUGACUCUAUCCUUUCAUUAAAAUCUGGUAUUUUUCUAGGGUCACCUUUUCAUCUUACCCCAGACCAAGAAGAAAAGCCUUUUACUAGUAAUAAAGGUCCAAGAAUUCUUAAGCCAGGGGAGAAGAGUACAUUGGAGUAUAAAAAAGUAGAAUCUGAAAAUAAGGGAAUCAAAGGAGGAAAAAAAGUAUACAAAAGUAUAAUUACAGGAAAAGCUUGCUCUAAUUCAAAAGUUUCAAGCCAGUUAAGGCAACCACAGCAAACAAAUAUGACUUCAAUUUCACGUGGUAGGACAAUGAUUCAUAUUCCAGGAGUUCGAAAUAGUUCCUCAAGUACUAGUCCUGUUACCAAAAAAGGUCCCCCUCUAAAAAAUACAAACUCCAAGAGUCCCAGUGAAGGCCAAAAUUCUGUUAGUUCUCCAAGAGGAGUCCAUUCAUCAGUGAAACUUGAGUCAGCUCCUGUAACUAGACAACCAUCUCAACAAAGCAGGUCAAGUAAAAGACCUUCUAGAUCAGGAUCUAGAGACUCUACUCCUUCUAGACCUCAACAGCAGCCAUUAAGCAGGCCUCUGCAAUCUCCAGGCCAAAACUCAAUUUCCCCAGGAAGAAAUGGUAUAAGUCCUCCCAACAAACUGUCUCAUUUGCCAAUGACAUCAUCCUCUAAUACAGUUUCAACUAAAUCUUCAAGUUCAGGAAGAAUGUUAUAUACAGCACCAGGCAGGCAGUUGAGCCAGCAAAACCUUACAAAGCAAACUGCCUUAACUAAGAGUACCAGUGGCAUUCCCAGAAGUGAGUCUGCUUCAAAAGGAUUAAACCAAAUUCUCAAUAGUGGUGGAUCAAACAAAAAGGCUGAACUAUCCAGAAUGUCAUCCGCAAAAUCCAGUGGGAGUGAAUCUGACAGAUCUGAAAGACCUGUUCUGGUUCGUCAGUCAACUUUUAUUAAAGAAACUUCGAGUCCAACUCUAAGACAGAAAUUCAAAGAGUCUGCUUCAUAUGAAUUUCUGUCUCCUUACAGGCCAGGGUCUCCCACUAGAUCCCAAAUACAGAUUCCAGUUUUAAGUCCAUCUCUUCCCAAUAUGUCUUUAUCCACUCAUUUAACUGCCCAGACUAGCAGUUGGCAAAAUUUACCCCCUAAUCUGAGUCCUUCUGUAGAAUAUGAUGGGAGACCAACAAAACAUCAUGACAUAGCUCGUUCUCAUUCUGAAAGUCCAUCUAGAUUGCCAAUCAAUAGAUUGGGAACAUGGAAGCGUGAACAUAGUAAGCAUUCCUCAUCACUUCCUCGUGUAAGCACUUGGCGAAGAUCCGGAAGUUCUUCCUCAGUUCUGUCAGCUUCUUCAGAAUCCAGUGAAAAGACGAAAAGUGAAGAUGAAAAGCAACAUGAAAGUUCUGUUUCUAGACACAAACAAAGUAAUGAAAGUCAAGCAUCAGCAAAAGCUACUUGGAGAAAAAUAAAAGAAAAUGAAAUUCCUCAAAUAAUGAAUGAGCCUAAGUAUUCUUCCGCAGGUGCAACAAAUGACACUGAUUCCAAAACUCUAAUUUAUCAGAUGGCACCAGCUGUCUCUAAGACAGAGGAUGUGUGGGUGAGGAUAGAGGACUGCCCUAUUAAUAAACCUCGAUCUGGAAGAUCCCCAACUGGAAAUACUCCCCCUGUUAUUGACAGUGUUUCAGAGAAAGGGAGUGUGAAUAAUAAAGAUUCUAAAGAGAUUACUGAAAAACAAAAUCCAGAGAAUAGAAAUGUUCCUGUUCAUACCAUUGGUUUAGAAAAUUGUCCAAACUCUUUCUUUCAGAUAGACAGUCCAGACAAGAAAGGAACAGAAGCAAAACCUGGACAGAAUAAUCCUGUUCCUGCACCAGAAAAUAAUGAAAGUACUGUUAAUGAGCAUACACCAUUCAGUUCCAGUAGCUCAAGCAAACAUAACUCCCCCAGUGGUACUGUUGCAGCAAGAGUGACUCCUUUCAACUACAGUCCAAGUCCCAGGAAGAGUAGUGUGGACAACAGUUCUGCUCGGCCAUCACAAAUACCAACACCAAUAAAUAACAGCACAAAGAAACAUGAUUCAAAGACUGAAAAUACAGACUCCAGUGAAACUCAGAGUCCUAAACGUCAUUCUGGCUCUUACCUGGUGACUUCUGUUUAAGUACAUAAAAAAUCAAUGCAAUUAAUGUAUUAUAUACAGCAGCUAUUUAGAAAUUUUGUUUCAAAUGAAACUUUAAAAGACUGGGUGUUGGCUUUAUUGGUUAUUUUUAUCUUUUGUAAAUAGUUUUGUUUCUUGUUAGAGGGUCCUUGUUGUGGAAGCCAUAUUUGAUAGUAUACUUUGUCUUCACUGGUAAUAUUUUGCAGGAAUGCCUAAUUGACAGCUUGGAAUAAAAUUGCUAAUGCAAUUAUAUUUGUACAGUAUGUUUAUCAUAUUUAAUUAGCAUUCCAUCCCAUAAUCCUUUAAACAUUGCUUGUCUUGAAAUCAUGAGCGUUACAGAUAGAGAUGAUACAGUCAUAUUGCUUUAUCAAUUGUUUACAGAUUACAGACUGACUAAACUAUAUCAGGGAAGAAUUGGUAUUAUUUAUGCAAAAAAUUAACUUAGUUUUAGUAUUUGUGAGUCUUUCUAACACAAAAAUUAAUCAUGUGGCUGUGAAAUUCACAGUGCUAUGGUUUCUGCUGAACAAGCUUUCCCAGCCUGCUUUUAUGCAUGAAUAGAACUGAUGGUUCAUUUUCUGAAGUAGCGAUUAACAUUUCUGUGGUCACAUAAUGCGCAUAGAUAAAUAUGGUGUAACAAUUUACACUUUCUUUGUGCUCCACAAAAAAAUGGACAGCUGUGUAACUAUAAAACCUUGAACAAAAUUAUUUUACCUGAACUAGAUUUUAUCUUAAAGUAAGUAGAAUUUUUUUGCUAUGCUGUAACUUGUUAUAUAUUCUGGUACUUGAGGUGAAGUGGCUGCUCUUCUAUUAAUGAGACAUGGGUGAUGUCUCAACAGAGACUAAAAUGAACAUUUCAGAAUAAAUUAUUACUAUAUGUAAAUUGUAUGUGUUACUUAUGCAUUACAUAAACCCACGGUAUUUUAUUUUGAGAUGUCACCUUAUAAUGUGUUGUAUAAUGCACUUACACUUAAGGCCUGAUCCAGCAGAAUCUUGCAUCUCCAAUAUUCACUCUUCUUUAUCAUUGACAAAUGGCUGUUGUAGGAUGCUUAUAACCACUGCAGGAUCAGACCCUAGAUCUUCUGUACUAUAUUUGUAAUUGAGACAGUUUCAUACAUCUCAGGUGCAUAAUAAAGCUAAAAGCAGGGUAUUUCCAGAAGCCAAGCAAUAUAAUCAUGUUCAUGACUGCAAGCCUAAAAUAAUAUUGGAUUAUUUAAAAAAAAUAAUAUUUUGUUUUAUAAAUAUUACUUUUAAUUGGGGAAAAUAAUGUAGAAAUUGAAAUAGUGACUACAAGAUGAAACUUUAAUUCUAUUUGAAAUCUUAAUGUAUUAUUUAUUUACUUUUUAAAUAUGAUCAAGGGAAAGUAUUGCAAAAAUCCUACAACAAGAAAUUUGUUAUCAUACUAGAAAAAGUUUUAUAUGGAAAGCAGGACAUUUUCUGACUCAAGCCUUUCUGUUGUGAAUAUGGUUUGUGCUAAAAUCUCUAAAAAUAUAGCCUGAAUUUAGAUGAGAUUUGGUUCAAGGUUGAAAGGCUUAGGAGAGUACAUAACAUUUGCUAUUUUGUGCAUGAUUGAAUGAACCAUAAAAUGGUAUCUCAGUUUUGUUGUAUCUUUACUUGACUAUUCUAAAGUUAGCAUUAUAAAUAAUUGGUAAUCAGGAUUCAAAAUGACCUGAUUUCAGGAAGCCCUGAAAUAGAGCAAUUUAACUUUAUGGUAUCUUUAACGCAGUUGCAGACUGUAUCACAGCAGUGGCUUUUGUACUUCAUAUGAUAUUGAAAUUAAUCUAUUUUUAUCUUAAAUUCAGCAUAUAUCAUGUACUGUGUAUGACCAGAAAUGAGAUACUAUCAGCAGACAGAAAUCAAUUUAGAUUAGUUUAAAAGCCAAUACCAAAAUAUCUUUUUGGAAGAGGUGGUAUCUUAUUUGCUCUUUUGUUCUUUGUCUCCCGUCACAUUUGCUUAUAGACAUACCAUACUUCUGUAUCAUCUGGUGAAUCUGUAAAUAAACAGCACUCCUCAUGUUAUCUUUUAAAAUAUUUUCUAUAUAGUGGUCCUCACAAAACCUUUGAUAUGAAUGUUACUGUCCUUUUAAAGAUGAAAUAGAGACAGAGAGACAUUAUGCGAUUUGUUCAAAAGGCAAGACUUUGCAUUGGAGUAUAAUACAGAACACCAUCCCCAUGUUUUUCUUAUAAAUGAUAUGAUAUUUUUUGUGUGCUGGGUUUUUCAAUUAUUAAUUUGAAGAAAUACCACAUAAUUCAGGAUUGUCAGUUGACAUCAGCUUUACAUCUACAUUCUGUUGAUUUAAGAGUUUAAAGUUAAACUGAAUCUAUAUAAAGAAAUUCUGAUUUCAGUUUUAUAACUAAAUAAUUCUAUGUGUAUCAAACACCAGAAUGUCUUUGAAAAUUAUAAUGGCUUCUCUAGGUAGUCUUGGAGGUACUUCAUGAUCAUUAUAAUUGGGAAGUUUCUUUUAAUAUCCUCAUAACUAGCCUAUAUUUGUAGCAAAGAUAGGUAAGAUAAACUUUCCAACUAUAAGGGUAGUGAAACACUAAAAUAUGCUUCCCAUGGGAGUUGUUAAAUUUUCAUUAUAGAAGUUUUAAGAAGUUUAGUAAACAUCUCUCAGGGAUGGACUUUAGUAUAUUUCAUAUUGCCUGUAUGCAGAAAGAUGGGCUUAGGUGACCUUUUGAAAUCCCUUCCAGACCUUCAUUUCUCUGAUUCUAUAUCUAAAAUACUUAGUACCCAUUAAGAACCUUUUUGAAUAUUUAAGAACAUCCAUGAUGUUUGAUUUAUGUUAGUGAUUAGGAUACAAAGUUAUGUUCUAAGUUUAACUAUAAAAAUGAAUGCUUAAAAAACAAAAUCAGAAAAAUUGAAAAUGGCUGUAAUAUAUUUGAUUCUUGGAUUUUGUUAAUGAUGCCUAAGAUUAAUGGUAGCCAUAUUUGGUUUAUGCUGCUAAAGAUUUACUCUUCUUCCUUGGUUUUAUUUCUAUGAAGUCACCACAGCAGGUAACAGGACAUUAUUUAUGUCAAGGCAAAAGGAGGAAAAACAAGGAGCUAAGGAAACCAAGACUCAUUUUGCUGUUCUUCUGAGAUGCACAGCCUUUAUUUCUCUAGAUUUUGGCAGAACUUUUGUGAUUUGUAUGUAGACCUUUAGUUGUCCUUAACCAUUUCCAGUACUUAUCAAACUUGUGCUUGAAAUCAGUUUACACUGAAAAUAUAUUCAUAAUACUGAUUUCAGACUGAAAGCUUUGUCCUCCUGUUGUGAAAACUGGAAACCUGACCUCCCCACAAAUUCUAAUUAGUUCAUUGUUUUAAAUGUACAUUCAUUUUAGUUUCUCUGUGGAAGUAUGCCGUAGUAAAAUUAUUGCUUCAUUUCCGUGAAAGCUCUUCUGACUAAAUAUUGCAGAUAUGAAAAGAGAGCUAAACUAUUUAUAUUUUUCAUGUGCAAUUCUCUAUAAGAAUAUUUCUCCUUAUGAAAGCUUAAAGAUAAUUCUCAAAACUCUGUCAGAGAUGCCAGUUUAGAUGACAGGAUUUCCUGACAUGACUGGAAUAUUGUUUAAAGCAAGACUUGUCUUAAGAAUACAAAUAUAGUUUAUACUGUAUUCUUCAAUGUGGACUAUCUCUGAUGGCUUUGGGGAAGUUAGUUGUGUCCUGGGCAAAGGGGAGAAAAGGAAAUUGAUAAUUUCAGAGACUGUCAGCCAUAAUUCCCUAGGGAUAUACUUUCAUAUCUUCCCCGAUAAACUGCAAAAGUUGCAUAGAAAGGAGAAUAACAUUUGUCUGCAAAUUAAUGAGAUUUUAUGUAGAAAGUAUACCAGUAGGCCAUGAAACUGAAAAAACUUAUGUAUGCUAAUUUGACAGCUGAAUUCCUUGAUCUUCACUUCAAAAUAUUUCCUAGCUGUCCAUCUGUUUGUGUCCCCAGUUAGAGGUAAGAGAAAUUUGGAUUACCAAGAAGAUAAUGAACAGUUUAUUAAUAUAUGUCUUCAUUCUUUUUUAAGGGUAAAGACUGCAUGUUAUUUCUGAACUGAAGUAAGGAGAAAUUUCCUUCUCCCUUCUCAUGCUCCUGGCUGUUUCUGCAGUCUGGCACUCGUCUGCCCCUUCAGUGGGCCAAUUCAACUCUUACCUGGCAGAAUUGGCAGGGUAAAAAUAUUAGUGCUGCUUUAGUGCAUUGAAUAGGAUCAGUGCAGGGUCAGGCAAAGUGCUGCCUGAGCCAGCAGAAAGGAGAAGGUUGCAAACAGCUAGCACUGGUGGGAGGAGAGGGUGGGAUAGCUUCCUUUAUGGGUGGUGAGUGUUAUAUUGGAUCAAACCAUUACAUGAAAUUUUAAACUGGUAUGCCAAGUUUCAGAACUGUUCUUUGCCCUUUCUGAGACAGAAAAAUGGAUUAAAGUUUUGGACUCCAACUGUUGUUCACUCUGAACUGCCUAAUAGCUUUAAGCACUUUAUGUUUAAACGUAUUAUGUUCCAGACAAGUCAUUAUGCUGGAAACUCUAACAAGUUUCUGCAGAAGUAUUAUGCUAGUCUAUAGUUGGUGUUCAUAGAAAAUAAUUUUUUCUUCAUCAAAACUUUCCAAAGAACCAAUUUUUCUACCAUAUAUAAACUUCUGGAUGACAGAUUUUAAAUUUUGAAUAUUGCAUCCAAUAAAAAGAUUUACUGCAACUAGUUUUCUCAAAGAGUCUUGAAGGAGGAAAAACAUAUCCCUUCCGUAAUGAAGACAGUACUACUUGAAGGGAUGAUUUGGAAAAUGUUUAGGUGAACUCUUAGAAGCUCUUGUAUUCUGUUUUUACUAGAUGCCUCAAUUUUUUUUCUCACCUAACUCUCAUUAACUAAUAUGAACACCCAUAAGACUGUCUCUAAAAUCCCAUGUAGACAUCUACCUAAACAUAAUCUCAUACACCUACUGUAAUGUCUUGCAGUUUCAUCCACCUGACAGCUUUGUUCUUGAUGAGAUGUGUGAUCUAGAUAAAGCUGUGAAUUAGAAGUGAAUUGUCAGUCAAUAAGCAGCCUGACUUCCUCCACAUGCUUACAACUUUGAGGACUUUCUUGAUACCAAAUCACCCAAAUGUGUUCACUCUUCCACAGCCAUCUCCUUUGCACUUUUAAGUAUAACCAGAAAAGGUGCUUAUGCUUUUUUUUAAUUUCAAAUCACAUUAGAAACUUCAUCCCUGCUUCAUAGUUUCCUGUAUGCAGAAUAACAGAUUGUAUCUGUAAAUAUGUUUAUAGAGAAUGUUAAUGUAGUUAAGGUUGAGGUUUUGGUCAAAGUGGUAAAGUUGGUUGGUUAUGUGUUGUGUUUGGUUACAUAUUGGAAGUGCAAGGGAAUUUGGUGUGGAGUUGAAGAGCUAAAGAAUUUACAGUACUGUAGGUGUUUGAAUGGAUUGAUAAUGUCCAGAUGAAUAUAAGGUAUGGUUUUAAUAACUAGGUUUUCUGCUGUCAACUUUCAGUCUACCAGAUGUGCUGUUUACUUAUUGGAAGACUGGGUAAUGCUUCCCUAGAAAAGUUUUGCAAAUAAUCUAUUUCUCAUGAAAUUUCCAAACAGUUCUGGGUUUAUGUAUUUAUGAAUUUCUGUCACUUCAGGAUUUGAGGAAACUCUUCUAAUUUUGCUGUUUGUGCAAGCAUCCUUUGACUGAGUGGCUGUGGAAUUGCAAUUAGGAUAUUAUGAAGAUUUAGAGGGAGCUUGUUCACUCAGUGAAAUGCACUUCUGUUCAGAGUACAAGCCUAAGACCUACAUACAAACUGAAUAUCACUUAUACUCUACUUUUUGGUGGGAUUUAAGAUGCAUAAAGCUUGUGCUGGUUCUCUGCAAAUAAUUAAAUCAUUCUCUUCUGAGUUUGGAUGCAUUUUACCACCUGUAAAUAUUGUUUCUCUCUAACAACUUGGCCCACAAUUCUUUCCUUUGUUUUUUUUUUUGUUUGCUUCUGCCUGAUACACAUUACUGUUUAUAUCCUAACUCUGUAAUUAAUUCUUCUUUCAACUAUUAUAAUGUAUUUUGUUUCACAGUAUACUAAUACUGAAUUUAGUCUUGCUAUGCAUAACCUAUUACUUGCAGUGUUAUAUAAAAUUUUCUCUUGAUUGCACCUUGUCAUUCUUUUCUUAGUUACUACUGGAAGUUAUGUGUCAUUUUGCUGUAUUCAUAUACAAUUUAAUUUAAAAGGAAGUUGCUGUUAAAGUACUUUAGGCAAUGAUAGAGUGUAUCAGAACCAAUGUCUUAAAAACCUAUUCCAUUUCAUUUUGGUGGUAGUCACAUGUUUCAUAUAAACAAAAAGUGGAAAAAAGACAGAGAGAGACAUAGAACUCACCAGUAGAGCGGUCUGUUCUCUUGGAUGUUUCGUUUUAAAAUGAACUAACAGAAUAAAAUCUAGUUCCAACAUGA